GGCUUAAAGAAGCAACUUAACGGCCGGACCGGUUUCCCGGUUUGCUUUAAUCCGUCGAUUAAGAUUAAAACCGGAAUACAAACAAUUUUUUUUUUUUUUGAAAAGAAACGCAAGAGUUUCUCGCACAGAUGAAGAAGAGAAGACAAUGGCGAAGAGAUGGAAAUGGUGUACAAGUCUCGUGCUUCAUUGUAGUUUCGAUGAUCAAAAACCCAGAUUAUUCAGCUCUCUCGAGCAGUGUGGACUGUCGUGACUGAUUUUAUGUGUUCUGAAUCGGAUAUAUCCGAUUGACGAAGAUAAGCUAUUGUAACAUUUGGUCCUUGGUGGACCAUUUGAUCCUCGCUUAGGCCUCAAUGAGAAAUUUCAUUACUUUGUCAAAAAAAUGCUAUGUGUAUCUUCCUUUUGCUUCCAUAUCGUUUUUCUAAAUGUAAGGGUACCAGAAACAUAUUUCCAGUUAUACUUUUUUUCUUGUUUGGUUUUCAAAAGCAGAGAAAUUGCUUGAUCAGGACAGGAAGCUUGCUCAGUCUGGUUACACAAUGUGUUGUGGUGUUUUUGAUUGAAGAAAUUUUAUCUACAUACUGAGUGACUUUCAUUACAUCUCGCUUGAUUAUUCGUUUUAACACCUUUAGUAAUGUUUCCUCUCCAUUGGUAUAUAAUUGUAUACUAAAUGCUCAGAAUCUUUGAUUUUCAAUGAGGAAUCAAAUUUUCAAGAAGUGAUCCUUUUUCAUGGUUUUCAAGUGAUGCUUGUUGUCUCCCACCUCUUUACAUGUUUUGCAUUCCCUUUUAGAAUCCCCUUGUCUAGGGGCUGCAGUAUAUGCUUUGCUAAGUUAAUGUAUAUUCUUGCUUUUUGGUUCUGCAACCUCACAGGGAAUAAAUCUUCAUGUAUGGAAAAAGGUAAAUCCUUUCAAGCAAAGUAUAAAGGCUUGAUUCUCAACACAAAAGAUGCAGUCUUUUUCUUUCACGGAUAAAUAGAAGCUUAAUACCUGUUAAAAGAUUGAUACUUACCCGCAUAUUCACUAGUUUUCUUCCUGGUUUCUGCAUAUCUUCUCAUGGCCAGUUCCGGUGGUGAUCAUGAUGAAAUUAUAAAGUCUAUAUCUGAUGCCCCGCCAACGCAUUACAUGGUCAAGAUAGAGUCUUUCUCACUCCUUACAAAGCAUGCUAUAGAGAGAUAUGAAACUGAGAGCUUUGAAGCUGGAGGCUACAAAUGGAAACUUGUUCUGUACCCAAAUGGAAAUAAGAGCAAGAACACGAAAGAUCAUGUUUCUGUUUACUUGGCUCUUGCAGACUCUAGUUCAUUAAGUCCAGGGUGGGAGGUUUGCGCUGUUUUCCGUCUGUAUUUGCUGGAUCAAAACAAAGAUAGUUAUUUGAUCCUUCAAGGAAAGGAGAGACGGUUUCAUGCUGUCAAGCGUGAGUGGGGAUUCGAUAAAUUCAUCCCUACUGGUACCUUCGCUGAUGCGUCAAACGGUUACCUCAUCGAAGACACAUGUAUGUUUGGAGCUGAUGUGUUUGUUUCUAAGGAGAGAAGAAGUGGGAGAGGAGAAUGUUUUUCAAUGAUUAAAGAUGCUACUAGCUCUAAGCACGUCUGGAAAAUUGAGAAUUUCUCCAAGUUAGACAAAGAAAGCUAUGACUCAAAUGCUUUCUUCGCUGGAGAUAGAAAAUGGAAGAUAAGGUUUUAUCCAACUGGAACAAAGCAAGGAACAGGAACCCAUCUUUCUAUCUAUCUAAUCCUUGUAGAUCCUGAAACCAUUUCAGAAGGUACAAAGAUUUUUGCAGAGUUUACAAUACGAAUAUUUGAUCAGUUACAAGGCAGGCACAUAGCUGGGAAAGUUAGUAAAUGGUUUACCCGAUCAAGCUCAGAGAACGGAUGGGUUAAAUAUGUAUCAAUGGUCUAUUUCACGCAGCCAAACAGUGGUCUUUUGCUCAAAGAUGUCUGUCUUGUUGAAGCUGAUGUAUGCAUUCUCGGAAUCACCAGUGCACUUUAAUCUUGUCAUGGUUGAUAUCAAAAGUCACAUUUGUGAAUUCUAUAUUAGUUCGACUUUUAAUAUGUCUGUUUUGUACUU